GUCUACUUCUCGCGCAAACCACAGUGUGGGUCCAACAAUUCGAACGGAGAGACGGAAAUAUACUCACCGGUAGUUUUUUUUUAUUUCAAGUGCCAAAUAGGAAUCAAAAACGAACAAAGACAUUCCGCCCAUAAACACAAAGCCGGUGAAAUAAACGAUAACGAAAGUAAACCAAGUCAAUUAUCUCAAUUAUUCUCCUCACAAGGCGACGAUUCCUUAUGCAACUAGAGAAAACCACACAUUUUGCAUAAUUGCCAAACACCUGUAAAUAGCGAAAAUGGAAGUUGCAAAAAACGGAAAAACGGUCAAAAUAGACUCGCCACCGAAACGGCGACGUCUUCGAGUCGGGGACCCUGACUUCGCACCGCCAGAUGGGGGUUGGGGGUGGCUCAUUGUUUUUGCUUGCGGAUUCAGUAAUUUGAGCACGUUUCCAAUGUUUCAACAAUUUGGCCUCGUUUUUCGGCAAAAAUUCGCCGAUUUGGGGAUCACAAACCCGCAAACUACGACCGUUAUUAAUUUAAAUUCAGCGUUUAAUUCGUGUGUGGGUUUGUUGAAUGGUCCAAUUUAUCGGAAAUUUACGUACAGGCAGGUCGCAAUGUUCGGCUCACUUUUAGUAGCCUCGUCGCUUUUUAUCUCAACGUUGUGUCAGUCGUUUUGGACUUAUUUAAUUUUUUAUGCUAUGUGUUACGGGACCGGGAUUGGAGUCACACAGGCCGCUAAUGCUUUAGCUUUGAAUACUUAUUUCAAAAAUCGGAGAAGGAUUGCAACAGGUCUAUCGUGGAGUACUACAGCUCUGGGGCCCAUUGUCUGGCCAUACAUUAUAACAGCUCUUUUGGAAAUUUACGGAAUGGAAGGGACACUGCUGGUUUUUUCAUCUUUUGCCCUACAUGCUUUUUUGUGUUCGUUGCUUCUACAACCAGUCGAAUGGCAUACGAAAUUCCGAGAGGUCGAAAAUGGUAUUCCGGAAGCUAAACCUUUCCUGGAGCCAGAAGGAGGCAAAUUGACCAAGUCUUCAAAAUCGCGAAGUCUUCUCUCCAGUCAAUAUCUCUACAAUGAAGAUGAUCCACAUGCCACUGGUUACGAAAUUAUAGACCCUGGUACACCCAUGAUGGUCAAAGCUAACGAUGGGUGGUAUUCCCAAAACCGGUCACUGGCCGGUUCUAGGCUUUCUCUAGCCUCGAAUAAAACAAAUAAAACUAUUUCGAGGUUACCAUCGGGUCAAAAUUCAGUCGCGAUGUCAAAACGACCAUCUUACAAUAACUUAUCAAAAGCCGGGUCUAAACGAAACUCUUCGUUAAACUUAAACCAAGAAGGUAAAGAACGAAAACGCAAAAUUUCACAGUCGAAAGCUGCAAUACAAGAAGAAGAAGAACAUCACGAAAACAACACACUUCUCGCACCUGAAUAUCACGAGAAAGACGUUCUUAAAACCGCGGCCAAGAAGUUGGAAGAGUACAAGCAGGAACACGACAAAGACGAGGAAGAAGAAGAAGUACAACCGCACGAAAAAAUCUCAUUCUUUCGAAAAGUCGCCAUUUUUUUCGAUUUCGAUCUCUUCAAAGACCCCAUCUAUGUUAAUCUUAUGUUAGGCAUCACCAUUGCCAACUUUGUCGAAAUAAAUUUCUCCAUAAUCACACCAAUGGUCCUCGAAGAGUUCAAUUUUGGCAAAUACCAAAUUGCUACUUUUAUGUCACUGUUAGGAGCCACCGACAUUCUUGUCCGGUUUUUCGUACCAUUUAUAGCCGAAAUGAUCGGAUGGGAAAAUAAAACUUUUUUCCUUGUUGGAGUACUAAGUAUGGCGUUUGGUCGAAUAAUUCUGGUCCACACUCAAACAUACAUUUUUGGUUUGGUGGUCGCUGUUAUCAUAGGCGCCGGCAAAGGCCUUAGAACGAUUUUCAUGGCCUUGGUAAUACCGACACACGUACCUUUAGAACGACUUCCGGCUGCUUCUGGUCUACAAUUGGCCACAAGUGGUCUACUUUUUCUAAUCAUGGGACCCGUAGUAGGAUGGAUUAGAGACACGGUAAAAAAUUACGUCAUUACGUUACACAUACUGAAUUUAUUGACGUACACAACGGCUAUAGCAUGGACCAUUGAGAGUUACAUCAGUAGACGGAAAAAAGGCAAAAGUCACGCAAAUGGGACGAAGACGUGAGAAUAAUUGUGAUUGUAUAUAUGAAGGCUGUUUUUGUGUAUCCAAGUACUUAACAUUUGUGAAAGAAAUAGUGAAUAUUUUGACCGUUUUUAAUAAAAUUUUGUUACUACCUA